GAAGCAGACUUACAGUAGAUAGCUUCGACAACUUGAAUUUACAUUACAGUGGUGAGAGAGAGAGAGAGAGAAAAAUGGCGAUGGUGGCAUCUCCAAACCCAGAGACAGAGACGGAAACGAACCCUAAUAACGCUUCCGAUGGUCUAAAUCCUUAUGGGACCCCAAUCGUUUGCCUUAUGAGGUUCGCUGGCGACUCGGCCGCCGGUGCUUUCAUGGGUUCAAUCUUCGGUUAUGGUUCAGGAUUAAUAAAAAAGAAAGGCUUUAAAGGAUCUUUUGCAGAUGCAGGAUCUUCUGCCAAGACAUUUGCAGUUUUAUCUGGAGUUCAUAGUCUGGUUGUCUGUUUCUUGAAGAAGCUGCGUGGAAAAGAUGAUGUCAUAAAUGCGGGUGUAGCUGGAUGCUGCACAGGCCUUGCUCUGAGUUUUCCAGGUGCACCACAGGCUCUUCUUCAAAGUUGCCUUACCUUUGGGGCCUUCUCUUUUAUUAUUGAAGGAUUGAACAAGCAGCAGCCGGCACUGGCACAUCCACUCUCAAUGAGCAAGAGUAGCGUUACACAUAACGUUCUUCCUCCGUUUACACUUCCUCUUCCCAAUGAUUUAAGAGAAGGCUUUGUUUCAUUUUGCCAAUCCUUGAAACAACCCAAGAAGGGUGGGCACCCAUUCACCAGCUAGAAGUCUCUGGUUAGCUAGCUAUUUCGGGGCGAAAGUAUGUCUUGUGGGCAAGUGCCAUCUACAUUUCCAUCAGUUUGAUUGGGAGUCGGAGGCAUUUAUGCCAAUGCAUUGGGGGUAUAGGAUUGAGUUCAGAGAACUCAACCGGUCCUGACAGUUGGUGCCGUGCGUGUGCCAAUGUUUGUUUUAAAACGUUGCACUUUGUAAAUUGAGAGGAGGAAUGUGGAAAACAUUAUUGUAAGCUGAAUAAUGAAAUAGGCUUCUUCCAUUGUGAUUUUGUACCUGUCACAGAAUCAAAAUGUCAAUUUAAGGCUA